AUGAUAGGAGCCCUAAUCCACGACGCGUCCCAGGUCAAAGUCGGAAUCAACGGUUUCGGUCGUAUCGGCCGCAUUGUCAUGCGCAAUGCCAUCCAGAACCAGGACAUUGAGGUCGUCGCCAUCAACGACCCCUUCAUUGACCUCGAGUACAUGGUCUACAUGUUCAAGUACGACUCCGUCCACGGUCGUUUCGACGGCGAUGUCCACACCAAGGACGGCAAGCUCUACAUCAACAACAAGCCCAUCACCGUCUACGCCGAGAGGGACCCUGCCAACAUCCCUUGGGGUACUGCCGGUGCUGAGUACAUCGUCGAGUCUACUGGUGUCUUCACCACCAUCGAGAAGGCCUCUGCUCACUUGAAGGGUGGUGCCAAGAAGGUCAUCAUCUCGGCUCCUUCUGCCGAUGCCCCCAUGUUCGUCUGCGGUGUCAACCUCGAUGCCUACGACUCCAAGUACACCGUCAUCUCGAACGCCUCGUGCACGACCAACUGCCUUGCUCCUCUCGCCAAGGUCAUCCACGACAAGUUUGGUAUUGUCGAGGGUCUCAUGAGCACCAUCCACGCUUCCACCGCCACCCAGAAGACCGUCGACGGUCCCUCCAACAAGGACUGGCGUGGUGGCCGUGCCGUCAACAACAACAUCAUCCCGUCCUCCACGGGUGCUGCUAAGGCUGUUGGCAAGGUCAUCCCCGAGCUCAACGGCAAGCUCACUGGUCUCUCCUUCCGUGUUCCCACUCUCGAUGUCUCCGUCGUCGACCUCGUUGCCCGCCUCGAGAAGCCAGCGACCUACGACGAGAUCAAGGAGGCCAUUAAGGAGGCCUCUGAGGGCCCGAUGAAGGGCAUUCUUGCCUACACUGAGGACCUCGUGGUCUCUACCGACUUCGUCGGCCACCCCGCCUCCUCGAUCUUCGAUGCCCAUGGUGGUAUCCAGCUCAACAAGAACUUCGUCAAGCUUAUCUCGUGGUACGACAACGAGUGGGGCUACUCGAGGCGUGUCUGCGACCUUCUCGUCUACGCUGCCAAGAAGGACGGUGCUCACUGA